CCCGUGGCCUUCUCUGGGGUCGUCUUCGGGCAUCAUCAUCACAGUCAUACCUCGUCCAGCAGCGGGGGCAGCCAUAACAGCCUGGUAGCAGGUCAUAGCCAUAGCCUCCACGCACCGCAGUCCCAGACGCCGCUGCCGCCGACUCACGUAUCGUCGUCGGGCACUGUAACGCCCGCCACGGCCGUAGUCCAUCCACAUACACAUACGCACCCACACUCCGGCAGCCAUCAUCAUCAGCUGGCGCACGUGGCUCAACAGUAUCCCGCUCUCCUCCAUCAAACGCCUCACGGCUUGGCCGCCUGAACGCACUGAACGCCCCAGAGAAAACCCGUCGAGAUGCCUCGAAUAAAUUGAGGCGAUCCCGCUAAAUCGUCGAUCAAUAUCCACGUCCACGGGAAUUCGAUGAAAACUCAUGGACUCUGUCGAGCAGCCGUACAAAGACUGCUUCUUCUAAGGAAAGAUAAAAAGUUCGCGCGUAGUAUAUUAUUAUUAAUU